CCUACCCAACAUGGCCGCCCCCAAUCGCUGGGUGACGUCCUCCACGUGCGACGCGAAGUCGCCCUCUACCCCCCCCACACACCACAAUCCUCAACGCGCUGUGAGCUUCCCACUCUCCUCCGCCCUAGGUCAACCUCGCCAGCGAUGUCGGGCUUCUUCACACAGUACUGGGGCAAGAUGCGACCCUAUUACCUCCACGCCCAUCCCCAGGUGUGGGUGGGUGUCGGCGUUAUGUUCCUCCUCUACUACAAAAUCUCAUUCGGAGGCAACAAAGCAGUGAAGAGCAGUAGCUCGGGUCACUAAUGUAAAUGUACCCCCAUGAAGACCAACCACAUUGCUGCACAUCUCCCUUCAAUGGACCAUGCGCCUUGGUUUAGACUUUGUGCUGGAUGCAACAGGAACAUUGAUCACUGAGACUGUCAUUGUACCUAUUGUAUAACCUCUGUCACAAUAAAAUGUGAAAUCGAAAUGUUA